CUGCGGACCAUGUGACGACAGCAGUGUCAUGGCGGCCGCCGCUGCGGUCCGUGCUCUGAGUGUGCGGCUCGGUAAAGUGGCCCCGGACUGCAGCGUCUGUCCGUUUUACCGCCUCAACAUGUGCAGCGGAGCCGUGCUGGGUCCCACCAGAGGGAGACGAGCCAUGGAGCUCUACUCAGCCCCCAACAGAAAGCUGCAGACCUCCAUUAAUCUACGUCAGAGUGAGGAGGGCAGCUCGAACGUGGAGGACACCGAUGAGGAUGUUGUUAACGUGGUGUUCAUUGAUCGGUCUGGACAGAAGAUUCCGGUAAAGGGUAAAGUUGGAGACAAUGUCUUGUAUCUUGCGCAAAGACAAGGCAUUGAACUUGAAGGGGCCUGUGAGGCAUCCUUGGCCUGCUCUACGUGUCAUGUUUAUGUACAUGAGGAGUAUUUUGAUAAACUACCAGACCCUGAAGAAAGGGAGGAUGACAUGUUGGACAUGGCCCCCAUGCUGCAGGAGAACUCACGCCUGGGUUGCCAGAUCAUUUUGACCCCAGAGCUGGAUGGCAUGGAGCUUACUCUCCCCAAGGUCACACGAAACUUCUAUGUGGAUGGUCAUGUGCCCAAACCACACUGAUAUGGAUGGAUUGACAAAAGAGGGCAAUGGACAGGGGUGAAGGUGAAUGUGGGAGGAGUCUUUUCACUAGAAGACUGAGAGUCUCCCUUUUAUAAAGGUGUGAAGAGCGCUGUGGAGAACCUGCACUAAAGUCUCGAUCUGAUUUAGUAUUUUUUCCCUCCACGAGUGCGUUAAAAGAGUCCAUACUCAUAGGGUAGUGUCUCCUCAAUGAGCACUAUCUGAUUUUAAAUGAAAAGUACACUUGACCUAAUUUCCAGCGAUGUGUGGUCAGGAAUACUCUCUAGUAUCUACUGAUGAAAGGCUCUGAAGGUCUAAUGCUUUACAGGAAGUAGACUAUGUGAUGUCUUUUGCUCAGCUGGAAUGUGGGGACUUAACUGGGAAGUUCUAGAGUCAGAGUUCCAUUCUAGAAUUGUAAACGCUUUGGUCUAGAGCCCUACAGUUCCAGACGUGUCAGCCUUUGUGAAGGAGACAUUCCAUGUUACGCACAGCGGUCAGACGCACAAUUCUGUUUCAGGACAAUCAUUCAUAUGUGUAAAGGUAAACUAGAGGCUGUGUAAGAUAAAUUAACCAUUGCACACCCAUUUAGAUUUUGAAUGUUUCAUUUCAUGUAAGCACACACAGUAUGUAUGAGUUUCAACAUAUAUUCAGAUCAUUUUUUCUAGAUGUUUAAAGAAAGCAGAACGAAAGUAUUGUUUGGUGUCAUUAUUUGCUUAUGGGUAUCGUUGUUCUGAUGUCUGGGGGUUCUAAUGUUUUAUCUACAUUUCUACACUAUUCAAAACUAAUGGUCUGUUAUUAAGAAACUUAAUGGCUUGGAUUUCUUUAGAGUGCUGCUGAUGAGAACGAGAGCAUUGUGAUGUUUACAACCAGAUAAAGCCGUUUUAUUUGAUAUUUAAAAUGGCCAAUGAUCCUAAAUCAGGGAUGUGAAACCAAGGGCCACAGUUCACUGGCAACAAUAGAAAACUGAAUACUGAUCUCCAACCCCCCAAAUUGUAUACCUACUGUCAGAAUAAUUACAUAAACUAAAAAAAAAAAUAGUUGGCAUAGUUGUAAGGUAAAUAAGGUAAACUCACCUUAUUGAAAACACUGCUAAUAACCUGUGGGAAGAUAAGAUGUGUUUGGAGCAGGGAAACUGGCAACCUGCUGAAAUUCCCAGGUUACGUUUAGACUGCAGGCAAAUCAGAUUUGUUUCUUAAUCGGAUUUUAGGAGAUGACUGUUCACAAUAUUAUUUCCAAAUGAUCAUCAGACCUGUAUAUCUGGACACCACAAACAGAUCUGCGUGGGUUGCUGUCAUAUUGAAGUCAGAGUAACUAACCUUUGGUGAUCUUCUAGGACCCCGAUAUUUGUCACUUUAAAUUUGAUGAGGUAAUUGAUUAUUGCAAUUGUGACACAUCGGUCACACAUUUGUACAAAUCUUUUGUAGUCACAUUUCACACCACCUCCAAUUAUUUCUGGCAGUUCACACUAUCAAAUCAGUCAGGACACAGUCUAGAAAUGCCACGAAUUGGAUUUGGGCCGGCAGUUAGAACACAGCCUUCAUUCUCCAACCCUGUUAUAGAAUGAAAAAUCUCUUCAGAUGUUUGGCUUCAUUCACCACCACUGUAAAUAUUGCUGUCAGCUUCGCAAGAACAGAGGAUCUCACACCAAACCACUGUGAACCAUUUUAAAGAACAGGUGGAAUUCCCUUGUAAGUAUAGUCCUAGACUUAAAAGAGAUUUCCAUAAAGCUUUGGAACUAUUAGGAAAAUGUUCUCAGUUCUCAGGUGAUGCAUACAUGGCCGUGGAUCAGAGCAGGUUCCUAUUGUCAGGUUAUAAAACUUUGGUCAGUAUUAUAAGAGAGCGUUUAUGUUUAUGCAAAUGUGUAUCUAUUGGCAUGCACUGCAGAUAUUUCACUUAUUUGAUUUAGUGCAUAAACCACAUAAAAAUACUCUGCACUUCAUUGUUUAUGUGCCCACCCCUGAAUGAACUAACCUGAUACAUAGCCUUCACUUCUGCUGUACUGUAUACGUCUAUAUACACGCACAUCUGUGAAAGCAGACAAAGCUGUAAACCUGUCUUAACCUGAAUCUGUACAUGGUGUUGAAUAAAGUGUAGUCUCUCCCUUUAA